AUGCAUCACGACUUACUUUGGACCGAGCUAUGGGCGGCCUUGACGCUUGGUAGUUCCCAACUGCUGGAGCCACUCCUGGAACAGCCCCUGAAACGUUUGAGUUCCACUGCAGAUGGCCAGGAACGUUUGGCAGAGACCGCCUUUGAGAGGCCUGGACUUGACGCUGCUGAUAUUCUUGUUGAGAAGUUUGACGUCUCGGGUCCGGGUUCACGUUUGAAGCUUGCUGGAAUCCCUGAGGGUGAAAAGGACGAAGCUGCGGCAGAUACGGGUCCUGGGGUAUGCCCGGCGAACGACCUGCUACGCCCUGAGGAGCCAUAG